AUGGACGCCUCCUCCCUCCGCAUCUCCAAGUUCGAUGGAACUAACUUCCACGCCUGGAAGUUCAAGAUGCAGAUGGUGCUGGAGGAACGGGACCUAUGGGAGGUCGUCAGCGGUGAGAUCAAGGCGGAACAGUGCGAGACUCAGUUGGACCAAGCGACGUACAAGAGGAAGUCAAGAAAGGCGAUGGCAGUGAUCUGUCUAGCCAUGGAAGAUUCCCAGCUACCGUUGGUCCGGUCGGCAAGUGGUGCAUGCGACGCAUGGUCAAGGUUGGAAGACCACUUCGAGAAGAAGAGUCUUGCCAACAAGCUGUUUCUUGCGCCGUCGCUUCUUCACGACAAUGAUGGAAGAAGGCGACGAUGUGCUCGAACACAUCAACAAGCUCAAGACGCUGGCGGAACAGCUAGAAGCGGUGGGGGCUCCAGUCUGCGAGGACGAUCUGGUGAUCACACUCCUCGGCAGCCUGAGUGA